AUGAGAAGCGUUUGCCAGUUUCUCCUCUUAGCGAGGUUGGUGGCUGCUAUCACUGGACCGAGGAUCGAGAACGACUUUGACCGAAGUAGACAAGGAGCGGUCGGCCAUCCUGGCUUCAAUGAACAUCAAACGAGAUUCGGACUCAACUCGCCACUUCAAAAUUUUCAACAACAACCAGCCCUCAUAAACAAUGCGCAACAAGCUGCAUUCUCCCAACCCAUUUUGAAUCAACAACCUUAUGUACCGCAGUUUAACAGCCUUUUACCAGCCCAAAACAUCCCGAACAUUCCGAUCCAGAAUAGUAACAACUUUCAAUACAAUCAAGGGACAAAUGUCAAUCCACCCUUAAACUUCCACCAGAAUGUAGCCCCACAGAACUUUCAAUCAAACCCAAAUAUCCAACAAGUACCAAACUUCCAAAAUAAUCAUCCCAUAGCUCAAAAUCCGCAGAUAUUCAACCACAAUCCAAACAUUCCGGCUCCCCUCUCUCUUGCCCAACAAAGACCGACGCAAGCAGCUUUCCUGCCAACCCUACAACCUAUUCAGAAUCAACAAAGUUUUGUCGCCCCAAAUCCGAUAACCAUUCAGGCAGCACCAAAUUUAGCACCACAGAAUAUAAAUCAAAAUGGACAGAUUUCAUUCCGUGCCUCUCCAUCACUCAACCAACCCAUUAAUCAAGCUCCCAUAUUUGGCAGCCCACAAGCAUCUGAUUUCCAAGAGUACUACGAGCAGCAAACAAAGGAUAACCUAGAAAAACUAAAGGAACUGCAAGAGAGGCAACGUAUAAUUCAAAAACAUCAAGAAUUCGUUCAGAAACAACAACAAAAACAACAGGAAAAGGUGGAGAAACUUCACGAGGAGUUCUUGAGUAGACAGGCCACUAAAUCUUUACCGACGUACACGACGACUGAGAGUUACGAAGAUGCUUACAAGCGCAAUCAAGAAAAACGGAGGCCAAUUUUACCACAUGAAACAGAUUUAUUUAAAAAGGCUUUAGAACUUUAUGAACGUGAUCAUCCAACGACAACUACUACAACAUCUACAACAACAACCACAACUACGCCGCGACCAAGGUUUAUUAGAACUAGACCAGCAGCCAGAGCUAGGACUCCCCCUCAAGACAGAAGUAAACAAAAGCUUUACAAUGAAAUUAAGAAUCUUCUCGAAGAAAGUGAAACUAAAGGGUUCGAUGACAACUUAAGAGCAAAAAGUGUUGCUCUUUUACAGAAACCAGAUAUUUUAAAGCAACUUAAAGUGGCUUUAGCUGAAAAUCCAGAGGACUUUAGUGAGAAAAACUUUACAUCAAGGGAGAUUUCUCUUAACGGCCAAAAAUACGAGGUAAUUAGGACCAACAAUCCUAAUUUGAUCCCUAAAGGUGCAAUAGCUGCUGACAGCCCAGAUUUAGGAAAACUAGUAGCAUCUACACAAGAAACACAUAAGGAAAGUCGCGUCUCAUUCGAUGACUUGACUAAGGGUGUUCUGCCUCCCGGUGCUAAUUUCGAACUGGUGAAACAAGGUGAUAAUGGAAAAUUAGAGGAGGUUUCUGCAUUGCCCAAUACUCUUCCUAAUAAGAAAAAGGUUACAUUCGUAUUUCUCGAAGAACAAGACGACGGUUCUUACAAAGUAAAAGGAGUUAAAGCUAAUGGACAACAGACAGAGGAAGGACCAGAAGUGGAGGAAAUAUUGAACAAAAUUAAAAGAGGAGAAAUAUCUCUCCCCGGGCCAACAAAGAUAUCUAACGGAUUAUUCAGCACUACUACGGAAAGCCCAUCAACAGUCAACACAGAUUACAUAGCCGAAUCAUCACACCAUCCCUCCACUUAUACCAGCUUUGUGACUACCUCAAGUUACGGUGCAUCUGGUCUGACAAACCCAGUACAGACUACACCAGCACCGACCUAUAGAAAUUCAAUUUCACCAGCAAGAACCACACAGAAAACAUUCAGAGAAAGUUAUACGCAAAAGGAACCAUUGAGAGAGACUUACACACCUAGAGAAAGAGAUUACACACAAAGGGAUUCACAUACACAGAGAGAAAGAGAACAGUCAAGAGAAACGUUUGCACCACGCGAAUCAGUAAGGGAAUCGUACACACAGAGGGCACCACAAAACGACAUUUACUCUGAGCGAGAACCCACGAGAGAAUCAUACACCCAAAAGGAUUCACCGAGAGAGACUUACACUCAAAGAGAGAGAGAUUAUAUACAAAGUGAACCUACCAGGGAGACAUAUACUCAGAGAGAACCCACUAGAGAUACAUUCAUACAAAGAGAUCCAACUAGAGAACCUUAUAGGGAAACUUUUACACAACACGAUGCAGUUAGAGACACAUACACUCCAAGAGAAUCACAAACGUACCAAUCUUCAACUAGAGGACCGACAACGGAGCGAUUCAUCAUAAAAACAUCAACACCGACAUACACAAUCAAGACGCACAAGCAAACACAAAGGAAUCCAUUCCCAAGUUCUACUAUAAUUAAUACGACGCCCGCUUAUAGAUCUACUCAUCAAGAUUUGGUUGUAAUAGGUUCGUCUACUGCCGCCCCAACAUAUGAAGAACCUGCGGAAAAUAUCUUCGCAUCGGCGUCUAGCCCUGGUCUUAUUGAUAUCCUUAAAGAAAACGGCUUAUUCGCCACCGCGAAGUAUUUAAAACAGUCCGGGCUGGAUACAAUUCUGAAUGAGACAGGACCGUACACGAUUUUCGCACCAACGGACAAGGCGUUUAGGACGCUUUUGGUGCAACUCGGAGGACCGGAUAGAGCAGAGGAAAAGUUCCGGGAUAACCCUCGAUUGCUUAGUGGUUUACUCCUCCACCACGUUAUACCAGGAGCAUUCGACAUUGCGUCUCUCCAGGAUGAGAUGACGGGGGUUUCUCUCGCAGGGACCCAGCUGAGAGUUAACCAAUACGACAUGCACGACGUCGAGUGGAAUGAGGUCAAAGUGACGACGAUCAAUGGCGCCAGAGUCAUUGAUGAUAAGAGGGAUAUACAUAUACCACAGGGUAUAGCGCACGCAGUAGAUAGAGUGAUGUUCCCUCUUCCAGUUGGUGAUUUGGUGCAGACUCUUCAAGCAGACAGAGAUAGAAGGUUUACUACAUUCUUGAAGGCUAUAUUUGCUAGCGGGUUCGCGGAUACUCUAGCAGAAAGUAAAACCUACACCGUUUUCGCGCCAACUGACACUGCGUUCGCGAAACUAGCGCCGAGCGAGCUGUCAAGAUAUUCGGAGAAAGCCGCCGCUCGUGCGCUGGUCGCGCGGCAUGUGUUGCCAGGAACCUUGUACAGUGCAGGCAUGCGGUAUUAUCAGUUAAGGAACUCCAUGGAGGACGCCAAACCACUCACACUACAGAAGAACUCUGGCCGAAUCAAAGUGAACAACGCCCAAGUGAUCACCCACAACAUCCCAGCAACAAACGGAGUAAUCCACGCAGUUGACACGUUACUAUAA